AUGGCGAGGCAAUUGCUGGCAUCUAGCCUGGGCCCAACACUGGACUCGGUGGAGGAAGACCAGUUGAGUUGUACUCGUGUGCGGAAAGUGUUAGCGAAGGAUUCGGCAAAGGCCUUUUCUAUGGAGUGCAUCUGGGCACAUCCCGAAGCUGAGGCCUUCCAAAAACCGUCCCCAGAUUCUGCGGUCCAGCCACACGGUCUCGUUCUAGAUGCGUUCUGCGAUGUCGAUGCGGGCGAGCGUAAAGUCACGGUCGAAACACAGACAAGUCCGAUUGCCGAAGUCGAGAACCAAAGUAUUGCUUCCUGGCAGGUGGCCCACGACAGUGCACCGGACGAUGAUGCGUCACCGACUGUGACUACGGAAGCGAUUGUGACUCCGGAAGCAUCACACGAGUCUGAUAGUGAUCUCAUGGAUGACCAAGAGGUCGACUAUUACUGGUCCUGGGAUACCGAAGCGCAGAGGCUAUCCCACACCGAUGAGGAUGGCGAGAAGGUGUAUUUCCCGGAUGUUUUUGAUUGA